AUGUACGAGGUGUUGCCGGAGGAGACAGACGCAUCCUUAAUACGCCCUCGUGUGAUGGUUAGAACAACGUUUAAGAAAGUGCACAGCCUUGCGGAGGUGCGCAAGGCAGUGAAAUUGCUUCAGGAUGUGGCGACGCGUGAAAGCUCCUUGACCAGCGCGUUGCAAAGCACUCCAAAGGCUCCUGGCCUCGGGGAGGGUUCUGCUGUGGAGGGCGGCACGAAGCUGUUGUGCUUAUGGGACGUGGAUGAUACAUUGGUUGCCUCGGGUGCUCUUGGAGUGCGUCAAUAUCCAAUAUUUGCUGAAGAUGAGUUGGUCAGUUUUUUUCGUGGUUGCCCUGCGAGACAUUUACUUCUGUCCCAGGGCAGUGUGGAUGACGUGUUUGCCCCCGAUGGGGUCGGGAAGUUGGAUUUCUUGUCUCCGUUUUUCCUCUCGGGUGGGGAUCCUCCCGGUGGAAGUUCCAGCAAGGUGCACACAGGCUGUAGUAACGUGUUUUUGUGUUCAAAGCCACCCAAUUUGAGGAGUGGCAACGGCAAAUACCAGGAAAAUACUCCGGACGUGAAUGUUGUUCGCAUCGCCACUUCCCGCGCCCCGCGGGAGCAACCCGAGGACUCUAGGCUUUUUCUUAGUGAGCAGGCAGAGCCACCGCGGUGCGCAAGCGAUGUCCGUUGGCUGGUGAUGCGACCUUCUCUAUGGGGCAUCUCCCUCGCGAGUCUCUCGAACUUUAUUGCUCCGUCGGCACACACCGCCUUCCUCGACGGCUCGGUGUUUUGCAAGAUGGAUAUUGUUAGGUCACUCGCGGCGAGCGGAAAUUGGGACGCCGUAUUUUUUAUUGACAAUGAUUUGUCUGAGGUUGGCGUAGUGCGUCCGGGACUUCACAUUGAAGACUACUAUCGCAUGAAAAGAUUGGGAAGGCUGUCGCGUUUCUUUCAGUCAGACAUGCUAUUGCUGCAAGCCUCUGCGGAGUUGGCGGAAAAAGAAUACGGGAUGGAUUUCUCGAAGACCAAUGGAAUACUUCUUGCCGCCACCGCUUCCCUCAGCUCCCUAAAUAGUAAGAAGUUGGGCAAAAAGGCCAAUAAAAAUGGCUCUGUCAAUUCGGAUUCCCUGAAAUAUCAGCUUUCAACAGUAAUAGACAUGGGAGGCAGUGCCUCCUCCACAUUGACGAGGGGCCAGCAGCCCUUCACACGUGUGGUGGACCUAUUCGUGGCACAUUUCCACCUGGACGGCCCCAGAUACCGUCGCAUCACGAAGGCGAGGCAAAACGCCAUUGAAUAUCGCGAGAAGGACCAGUGGCAUUCGGUGUUUAGGACGGGUCCGGCGUGCAAUGACGAUGAUUACGCCGAAGUAAUGUCGAGUUUUGUCCUUUACGAUGCGAAGGUGAAAACGUAUGGGCUGACAACCGAUUCUAAACUUACGCCAGUGCCUGGGUGGGAGCCGAGCGUUGAUGUCGUCACAUACCCCAUGUACGAUCGACCACCGUUUCCCCGGCGCCUCCCCUAUCAGUAUCAAAAUAUAUGCCACCAAAUCACGACGAAUCUCAUUGAUCAGUGGGACCCACAUUUAACGGAACAGCAGCAAUACGAUUUGAAGAAAGAGGCGGAUAAUCUUUUUAGGCGUCUUAUUCGUCGACAGCCAGUCAUUGACCCGAUGCUCAUUGUACGGACAGCCAACACGUUGUUUAGCAUUUUUACCGCGGAGCGUCGCCUGCCCCGGAGCCUUGGAGAAACGCUGAAAAGAGAUGUCCAGGCUCUUAUGAAUGGGACUGCAUUAUGA